AUGGAAGUGCAACAGCCAGUUCUUCACAUUGAAGCUCGUGUCAAGACCAACAAUGACGGCAUCAUCAUCCGCACGGACUUAAUCCGAGACGAACUCACCAAGUGGCUGAUUGACAAGUUCGUGGUUCUCUCCCUCGGACAAGAGAUCGUCUCCUUCGGCAAUAACUCCCACACCCAGGCUCUGGAUUCCGUGCUCGUUUGCGAGUGCACCGGUGGUACUAUGGAUUCCGGAGCAUAUCCCCUAGACCAGGUGAGGUUGGAUGUUCAAGCAUAUCAGCUCCAUACACAACUGGAGUCCGAGGACCCUCACCUCACCCAGACACUCAAUGGUCACACCGAGAAUAGUAUGAACUCAACGAGGGCGAAGAUCAUGGCACUUCCCAACUCAGAUCUGAAUGGACUCUGGGAAUCCUUGCAUUUCGAUGAGCCUAUACAGUCAACGCUCCUUACUGCUAUACGCAGAAUGCUCUCAUUCUCUGCCUGCAAGCUCGACAGAUGGACUAUCAACUGGAACAAGCUGGUUCUCCUCUGGGGGCCACCUGGGACCGGUAAAACAAGCUUGUGCCGCGGUCUAGCUCAGAAGCUCGCAAUACGCCUGGGGAAAGACUAUCCCCAGAGUAAAAUGUUCGAGAUCAACGCGCAUGCGCUAGGAAGUAAGUUCUUCAGCGAGGGAGCGAAGUUAGUGGAUCAGAUGUUUGAGCGCAUAGAUCUGUUGCUUGAAGAGGAAGACGAAACGCUGGUCUGCGUAUUCAUUGAUGAAAUCGAGACGCUCGCUGCCCGCAGAGAUCGAGCUUUGCGUAGCAACGAACCAUUUGAUGCCAUCCGAGCCGUGAACGCUCUGUUGACAGGCCUCGACAAAAUCAAGGCCCAUCCAAAUGUAAUUGUGGUCUGCGCGAGCAACUUGUUGACUGCCCUGGACCCGGCGUUUCUCGACCGAGUCGAUAUCAAGCAAUGUGUACCGAAUUUAUCCAGCCGAUCGAUUUAUCGCAUCUACAAAGAUUGCCUCGAGGAGAUGAGUCGUAACCGUAUCAUCGAAGGGGCCGCAUUUGACGUGAAACUCCUUCAGCCGGAUGAUCCUCAAACGCGAUUGUCGUACAUGGAAGAGCCGGCCGAGCAGCUCAUGUUACCGACGUAUGAUGAGAUGAUUGUCAACUACCCGAUGUUUCCAGAGGCCGUUCCCACACUGCUGGCGGAGGCGGUGUCGGAGAGUCUGGGACUGAGCGGCCGAACAGUUCGUCGACUGCCCAUUCUAUCGCUAGUAAUGUAUGGCGAGGAAGGAAGGAGCGAUAUUCGCAAGGCCAUUGAUGCGCUGAGAAAGGGCAUCGCGGCGGAGAAGAUGACUAACCAAUGA